AUAGUCAAUACGCAGCAUCUCAAUAUGCUAAGUCUUUUAUGAAUCUAGAUAUCCUGCAAUCGGACGACUUCCUUGACUUCCUAAGCCAAGCAGGUCGUACUACAACCUCAUUUUCUGAUUACUCUCUUCCGCCUAUACGACACUAUUAUACAAUUCGUGCACCGGAAUCACUUCGUCGUGUUAGUAAGCACCUCCAAAAGCAUUGGAUCCUCUUUAACGACAACCUAACCGACCCUGAUAUGGAGAGUUCCCGGAAGAGUUUUGUUGAGUGGUGGCUAAAGACAGAAUCCGGUGAGAAGGAGGACUUACAGACCAAGCAAAAGACAUCUGAUGUUUGGGACUGCUUUGAUCAAGUUGCACAAGAGAAGACUGGUGAGCCUAAGGUAAUGUGUAGGCGCUGCCAGGCUGUUCUUAUUCAUCCAAGUCAUCGUCGGGCAGGGACGUCUCCGAUGAAGAUAUAUAUGAAAAGCAUUACAUGUGCGAAGCCUUCGGGCUCAAAGAAGCAGGGCAUUAAUGAACUUCUACAGAAUAUGCCCGGCUUCCAUUCCGGAUCAUCGAGCAUGCUAGUUUCAGAAGUCUUCUUGAUUAUGCUCGGAUUGCAGACUUAA